GGGGGGAGGGGGUGACGCUGGUGGCCAAGAUGGCGGCGGAGCUGGUGGAGGCCAAAAACAUGGUGAUGAGCUUCCGAGUGUCCGACCUGCAGAUGCUGCUGGGCUUCGUGGGCCGCAGCAAGAGCGGCCUGAAGCACGAGCUGGUGACGCGGGCCCUGCAGCUGGUGCAGUUCGACUGCAGCCCCGAGCUCUUCAAGAAGAUCCGUGAGCUGUACGAGACGCGCUACGCCAAGAAGAACGCCGAGCCGCUGGCGCAGCCCCACCGGCCGCUCGAGCCCCUGGCCAUGCACGCGUCCUACGAGAGGCCCAGCGCCGGGCCCAGGACUCCGCUCGCGGGCCCCCACCUCGACUAUCCCGUGCUGUAUGGCAAGUACUUAAACGGACUGGGCCGCCUGCCCGCCAAGGCCCUCAAGCCGGAGGUACGCCUCGUCAAGCUGCCCUUCUUUAACACGCUGGACGAGCUGCUCAAACCCACCGAGCUGGUCCCGCAGAACAGCGAGAAGCUGCAGGAGAGCCCGUGCAUCUUCGCCCUGACGCCGCGGCAGGUGGACCUGAUCCGGAACUCCAGAGAGCUGCAGCCCGGAGUGAAAGCUGUGCAGGUGGUCCUGAGAAUUUGCUACUCAGACACCAGCUGCCCACAGGAGGACCAGUACCCGCCCAACAUUGCUGUGAAGGUCAAUCACAGCUACUGCUCCGUGCCGGGUUACUACCCCUCCAACAAGCCCGGCGUGGAGCCCAAGAGGCCCUGCCGCCCCAUCAACCUCACGCACCUCAUGUACCUGUCCUCGGCCACCAACCGCAUCACUGUCACCUGGGGCAACUAUGGCAAGAGCUACUCGGUGGCACUGUACCUGGUGCGGCAGCUGAGCUCAGCUGAGCUGCUGCAGCGGCUGAAGACCAUUGGCAUCAAGCACCCGGAGCUGUGCAAGGCGCUGGUCAAAGAGAAGCUGCGCCUGGACCCUGACAGCGAGAUCGCCACCACUGGCGUGCGGGUCUCACUCAUCUGCCCCCUGGUGAAGAUGCGCCUGACGGUGCCAUGCCGCGCCGAGACCUGCGCCCACCUGCAGUGCUUCGACGCCGUCUUCUACCUGCAGAUGAACGAGAAGAAGCCCACCUGGACCUGCCCCGUGUGCGACAAGCCAGCUCCCUACGACCAGCUCAUCAUCGACGGACUCCUCUCCAAGAUUCUGAGCGAGUGUGAGGACGCGGACGAGAUCGAGUACCUGGUGGACGGCUCGUGGUGCCCGAUCCGCGCCGAGAGGGAGCGCAGCUGCAGCCCGCAGGCCCCGAUCCUUGUGCUGGGCGCCUCAGAGGCCAACGGGCUCCUGCCGGCCCCCAGCGUCAACGGAGGCGGCAGCGGCGGCGGGGGCAGCAGCGGCGGCGGGGGCGGCGGCGGCGGGGGCGGCAGCGCGCUGGGCAGCGGCCCGGGCAGCGCCGGGGGCCCGGCGGGCAGCGUGGAGAACGGCAAGGCGGGCGCCGACGUGGUGGACCUGACGCUGGACAGCUCGUCCUCGGAGGAGGACGAGGAGGAGGAGGAAGAGGAGGAGGACGAGGAGGACGAGGAGGGCCCCCGGCCCAAGCGCCGCUGCCCGUUCCCCAAGGGCCUGGUCCCCGCCUGCUGACGACGGCCGGGCCGCCACCCUCCUGGUGCUCUCGCCGCGGGGCGCGGGCGGGCGGCCGGGCGCGGGCCCUUCCCGUGGUCACUUCCUUCCCCUGCGCGUCCCGGCCUCCCCCUCCACGCCCGGACCCCCGCACUCCCCCUCUCCGGGGAUAGAUCAGCGAAAAACGACGACAACAGCGGAAACAACAA